AUGGCGUCUUCUACUUUCACUCAGAGAGUGAGAACUCGCAUUCUCAUCAUUUCUGACACUCAUUGUGCACUUCCCCGUCCCAGUGACAAUAACACCAACGAUGACAGAGUCCCCUUCCAAUAUCCCCUCCCGACUGCCGAUGUGCUCGUUCACUGUGGCGACCUCACCAGUAACGGACGAGUAGAACAGCACUUAAAGGCGCUCGAAUUGAUCAACUCCAUCUCUGCAGAACUCAAGAUCGUGAUACCAGGAAACCACGACCUCACACUCGACAGAGCAUAUUACGACCGCUAUCCGAACGAGCACUGCGGAUGGCACAAAUACUCGGAUGAUGUGCUUCGCGAGAUCAAGGACAUGUACGAGAGCGAAAAGACGAGGGAACGGGGUAUCCGAUAUCUCGAGGAAGGCACAGCCUCGUUCACGCUAAAAAGUGGUGCACGGCUCAAUGUGUACGCGAGUGGCUGGCAACCAGAGUUCUGCAAUUGGGCAUUUGGAUACUCGCGGGAUCACGAUCGGUACAAUCGGCCAUUACAGGGUGGGAGUGGGCCGGGGAACCCAGUCCCUGAUUUCGACACGGCCGGUGGAGGAGUUGAUAUAAUGAUCACGCAUGGCCCUCCUAAGGGUUUACUGGACAGAACAGUUGAUGGGAUGGAGGUGGGAUGUGAACAUCUACUCGAGGCAGUCCGUCGAUGUCGCCCUUUGGUUCACUGCUUCGGUCACAUACAUGAGGGAUGGGGUGCAUUGGUCAAGGACUGGGAUGUGGCAGAACGGCCUUUGCUGACUGCCUCCGAGGACACUACAGAUGAAGUCUUGGAAAGCUCAAUGCCGCCAUCCUGCAACACCGAUACGCCUGAUUCUAUCAAGAAAAGAGAAAAAGAUGUAACAGUGCCUGACUAUGAGGAGCAGGCCCGUCAAAGAGGUGUUUUUGUCGAUGCAACCGGCCUUAAGCAUGGGAAGGAGACACUGUUUGUCAAUGCAAGUAUCAUGACACACUGGUACAAGCCACUGCAGGCGCCUUGGAUCGUUGAUGUUGACUUACCGAUGGCGACAUGA